CUCUCUUCUUCCGGUGUCGGCAGCCGCAGCGAGGAAACCGGCCAGGGCGGCGCCGAGGAGACCAUGGGCGUGACGGGCACCUCCGAGGCAACGAGAGCGGAGGAGGAUGGUGCUGAAGGAGGCGAAGGAGGAGGAGGAGGAGACCCGAGGAGGUUGUGGAGGUGGUGGCGUCCCUCAAUAACCUGGACGCCGCUGGGAUUCAGAUAGAACUCAAUCGCUAUUUGUCGGAGGCGUGUGGGGCGCAGUUGGCCUUCCUUAUCCUGGUAUCUGACGACGAGGAGCUGACGGUACACGCCCUGGGCCUUCAUCGUCUCUCCUGCCCCGUCAAAAUACCGGUGAGCAACAACAGCUUCAGCACGGCCCUCACCACCCGCCGGCCCAUGACCCUCGAGAACAUCGAACCCUCACACCGGGAGGACCUGUGGCGGCUUCUGGGCCUCAUCCAGGACAGCGACAGACUGACCACCGUCCGCAGGGUGUCCGUCGACCCCGCGAGUGGUAAUGUUGGGCGUCGUUGUCUCAAGAGCACCCGCAAUGGGUCGGCCAAGAGCGUGGACGGCGCCACCUCCCGGAGUAAGAUCCUGUCGCGGGACAUGUCGGUGGACUUGUCGCGGCAGCGCUUCGGGGUGUCGCUCAACACGACAGCCGCUUCGCACAAGUACCACAGGUCGUCUCUGUCCGCAGCUCCGCCGCAGGUCGACCGCAGCCAUACACAAAGAGGACCCUGCGACAGUCUCGAGGAAGAGUCCAGCGCCGCCACAUGUUCAAACUCCCCCCAGAGCGCCUCAAGCGGGGUUCCUCCUCCUUCAGGUCUCCCUCCUAUCGAGUCAUCCAACCACAAGCAAAAUUCCAGACCUAAGUUGACCUCAAGCUCAGGGUUGUUCCCCACGCACUGUAAGCCGCCAGAGAGUUCGAGCACGACCUCUUCGACGACCUUCUCGCCCACCUCGCUGCUGUGUGUGCCCGUGGCGUCGCCGGGCAAAGAAACUACGGCCGUGCUUGCCUGUCUGGUGGAUAAGGUGGCCGGGGGAGACUUCACCCGCCAAGACGUGCUCAAAGUUGAGGAGUGUUUCAGGUACACGGUGGGGAUCUUGGUCAACACGGCCACGGCAGAGAUGGAGAGAAGACUACGCACACAGUGUCAGGCGCUGCUCAGCGUCGCCCAGAACCUCUUCACCCACCUCAACGACGUGACGGUGCUACUACGGGAGAUAAUGGCGGAGGCGCGGCAGCUGACGGACGCCGAGAGGUGCUCCCUGUUCCUGCUGGACCGUGAACAGAACCAACUGGUGGCCAAGGUGUUUGACGGAGAGCGGAAAGAGGAGUCGGUGGAAGACGUCCUACUGCCGCUCGUCCACAGUAUACCUGGCCUGGUCACCUCGUCAGGUGGGGAGGUGCGGCUGCCGGCGACACAAGGGAUAGCGGGCCACGUCGCCACCACGGGUCACCUCCUCAACAUAAGGGAUGCCUACGCUCACCCGCUCUUCUACAGGGGCUUUGACGAGUGUACUGGCUUCAAGACCAGAAACAUCCUGUGCUUCCCGAUCAAGGGGGACGGCAUAGUGAUCGGGGUGGCUGAGCUGUGCAACAAGACGACGGGUCUCCACUUCACCAGAUUCGAUGAGGAGAUCGCCACAGCCUUCAGCAUCUACUGCGGCAUCUCCAUCAGCAACUCCCUCCUCUACAAGAAGGUCUUCGAUACACAGGUCCGCUCCAAACUCUCCAACGAGCUCAUGAUGUUCCAUAUGAAGGUGACGCAGGAGGAGGUUGAUAGGCUAGUACAGGUGGAGGUCUUGCCCCCAGCUGCCUUCCACAAGGACUUCUGCUCCUUCAGGUACUUCCCCCGUCAGCUGGCAGAGUCGAAGACGCCCAUGGCAGUCAUCUCUAUGAUGGAGAGUUUGGGCAUGAUAAACAAGUUCAGGCUCAGCCGGGAGUCCUUGACCAGAUUUACACUAAUGGUAAGAAAAGGUUACCGUGACCCUCCCUACCACAACUGGUUGCAUGCCUUCUCAGUCACUCAUUUUGCCUUCCUGCUGCUGAAUAACCUUCACCUAACGGAGAAUAACUGUGUCACACACCUUGAGGCCCUGGCGCUCAUUGUCUCCUCCAUGUGUCAUGACCUAGAUCAUCGAGGGACAACAAAUUCUUUUCAGGUGGCCAGCAACUCUGUGUUGGCAUCAUUGUACUCUUCUGAAGGAUCAGUGAUGGAGCGACACCACCUCGCCCAGGCCAUGUGCAUCCUCAACACAGAUGACUGUAACUUCCUCGAGAACCUCAGUCGAGAAGAAUACACACAGUUCCUUGACCUCAUGCGUGAUAUUAUCCUAGCAACAGACUUGGCACACCACCUGCGCAUUGUAUCAGAGCUUCGAGAGAUUGCUGAAAAUGGAUACGAACCCAACAACCAAAGACAUCAUGAACUCCUCAUAUGUUUACUUAUGACUGCUGCAGACUUAUCUGACCAGACCAAGGAUUGGCAAUCUUCCAAGCAUGUUGCAGAGCUGAUUUACAAAGAGUUCUUUACACAAGGAGAUCUGGAGAAAGCCAUGGGCAACAUGCCAUUAGAGAUGAUGGAUCGAGAGAAAGCAUUCAUCCCGGAGCUUCAGUUACAGUUCUUAGAUGAUGUGGCUAUUCCUGUCUAUGAAAUUGUAGCAAAAUUAUUCCCAGGAGCACAAGACCCCUACAAUAACAUUAAGACCAGCAGACGAAACUGGGCAAGACUACGAGAUGUGUACAAGCGUAGGAAGCCUGAGUCAACAAGUUCAUUGGAAGUGUUUGAGGAUGAUUCCCUGGAUGAAGAGCUUGAUAAAGAAGACUCCUGAAAUGUCCUGUGGAUUCUUUCCAUUUCAAUUUUUAAGGUAAAUAUUCCUCCCAUAUUCCUAUUCAUGGAAUACAGUACAGUAUAGACUAUAUUGAAAAUAUGAUAUUUAAUAACAGAAAAGGUUGCCAAAUGUUGAAACAUUAAUCAUUUAUCAGUAAACUGAAACUGCCAUACAGUACAUUUUUUUAUUUUUUAUUUUAUGAGUACAUUACCUUUGUUGUUCUGGUAAAUGUUUAGUUUUGAAAGUACUGUACAUACUGUGCAUUAAAUUGAGGAUACUUGGUGAUAUUUGUCCUCCAGUGAAUUUACAUACAUACAGGUAUUUACGUUAUACUGUAUAUGUUUUCGAAACUUCAUGAGUGUUGCACAUUGGGUGGUAAAGUGCCGUAAAUAGACUACAUUACUGUUUACGGUUAAACUAUUUCCACUGCAUACUGUACUAGAGAAUUUAUCCAAGUUAAAGUUGUACAGUUUUCUAUGACUUGGAAGAAGUUACAUAUUAUGUUGUUGCUGUAAUAAACCAAACCUGUGUGCAACCAAAGAUUUAAAAAACAAAUUUAUAUGCUACAUCUUAUUACUAAUUUUCAAUAGAGUUAAUGUCAUGUAUUGGAGACUCCUCUGUGGCAGCAGUGUGGCACAAACCCUGAGUUGAGACCCAGGGAGUCCCGCUAGGCAAGCCUUCACACAUACUGUAUAUCCUCCCAUUCCAAGUGACUCCCCAACAAAGAUGAUAGAACCACUGCAACGAAAAGUUUUGUCAUCAACCCCUUAAUUUUUUCUUCUCCCCCAUUAUUCUAUUUUCAAAAAACAAAACAGAGCAGGACAACCUUCUGAGGAAGUAUGCUUUUAUAAUGACACAGCCAGCUUUUCCUGAUCAGAAAAAUUAUGAGUCUAAAAUUAACUAAACAGACUAAUCUCUUGAUUUUAUAGUCACCUCACUUAUAUCCCAGAAUUUGUGUUGACAUUUUGUACAGAAAGAGUUAACUUUUCAUAAUAGUCGUGACUUUAACAGUACACUGUACAGUACUAUCCAUAAAUUAUGAAUAACUAUGACUGUGAAAACGUGAGUCCUAAUCAUUCUGUUCAUAUGCUAACAUUGUCAAAUAUUUCAUUGCACUGUGAACCAGAAGCAGACAUCUCAUAACCAUUGUACAGUAUACACAGACACAGCUGUAAAGCACCAGUAAGGUCAAAAAAUCUAAAACAUGGGUGAUUUUAUAAGACUCACAUAGAAACCGGACAAUACCAAUAAAUAGGUCUUCAAUGGUGUGAUUUUUGGACUUGCUAAGUCUGCAAUCCUAAAAGUUUUACUUAUUCAGUACCAUACUAAUUACCUGUACUAUUUUUAUCAGUGGCCGACAUGAACUAUCCUUGAAUGUCUCAGACAUAAUUAGUUAUAGAAAGAGUGAAGGUCAUUUGCAACACUUUAACCCUAGUUAUUCUUCUAUAUUCCUCUCAUUGUCAUCCCCCAAAUACCACUUGCUACUUUAGUACAGUAUCUCUGUGAAUUCUCUUUCCUACACAACCAGCCAGUUGCUAUGUAGCUGUCCUUUUAGGCAAGCACUGCUUUUCUAAGGUAUGGCCCAUCACUGACUGCAGACUACGGUAACUCCUUUUUCAUUCCUUGGCUACUUCUAAAUGUUUUCACUUGAAAUUUUCCCUCAUUGUGCAAAUGAUUUGCAAAUAGCUGUUAAAAAUUAGAAUUGAUUAAGAGUGGUUACUGCAUAUCUCUGAUUAUGUACUUUAACCUUGAACCUACUAAGGCACCAAAUUCUAAAAAAUAUAUAACUUGGGAUAAUCUUAUUCUUUGGGUACAGUCUAAAUUUAACAAGUGAUUUUGAUAAAUACAGCAUUAAAGAAGCCUGCAUGUCAAAAGACCAGCCUGGUUGGGAGGAAUCUCAAUCAAGUAUCUUUAUGAAUGUAGUCAGUCUCCUGGACUACAUUUUUUGCAUAAGAGUAUUGAAGUUGUUUGAGUAAAUCAGGCCAUUGAUAUCAGGAAGACACAAUGCUCACCUCUC